AUGCUGCUCGGUACUCUCGUGUUGGUGGUAGUGCACAUAUCUGUGGUCACGUGCGCGAUGCUGGCGGACGUACAGAGGCUGCUGGACGACUUGUUUGCGCCGAAUGUGUACAACAAGGAGAUUCGCGGCACACUCGACCAGUCACAGCCAACCCUGGUCAGUGUGGACCUGGGACCAAAGAACAUCAAGAGCCUACGUGAGGUUGAGGAGACUCUGGAGAUGGUUAGUGUGAUCUUUCUGACCUGGACUGACCAGCGUCUCGCUUGGGACCCCGCCCACUACAACGACACGCGUGUAGUGCGGGAUAAAUUCCUUACGUGUAAGGUGUUCCGUCCGGCGACCAGCGUGAGGCGCCCUGAUGUGAUACUGGAAAACCCGGCCCCCAGUGGCAUGUUAUAUAAGGACAUAGACAGGGCCUACACCGUCCAUACUUACACAGGACAAGUCUCUAUAGCGCUGGGAGACCUAAUAGCGACCAAUUGCCUGUUAGAUAUGACGUCAUAUCCGUGGGACGAGCACUGGUGUGCGGUCACAUUGAUUGUCAUGGGCUACACAGCGGACCACGUGAAACUGGUUUCCGUGCAGAAAAGGGAAAUGGCCAUCCUGCCUGGCUAUGAGCCCAGUUCCUCGUGGAGUUUAAUACGCAUGCUGACCUUGUUCAUAUCAAUGGUCGGAGAGAAGCUACCAUCAAACGGGGACGGGAUCGCCUCCCUGAGUUACUUCCUCGAUUUCGCUAUGUUCAUCAGCGGCGUCACUUGUUUGUGCAACCUCGUCACUCUGAAACUGUCGUCCAAGGCGACAUCUGGAAAGCCGGUUCCUUCCACAUUACAGGCUCUGGUUAAUUGUGGAAAAAGAAGUACGAAAAUGUUAUUGUGUACUAACAAAAACGCAAGAAUGAAUAGCAUGGUCAAAGAAAAUGAUAUUCGUGAAACGAAUGAUGUUGUUGAAAUAGGUCAACAACUGAGUGGUGUAAAGAAAGACUCUCAAGUUGAGUCACGACCUUCCCCGGAAGUGUCGUGGAUGGACGCCAGCCGCUGGUUUGAUGGCGUCUGUGUGAUCACAACUGCGGCAUUUCUGAUCUUAGGUGGAUUUAUGUUCACCUAUAAUGUAAUCAAUGGACAGAUUCCGUAA